CGUGCUUCGGGAAUCCCUUUCAGUUUGACUUGAGUCUAAUUUCUAGUCAUCGUACCGUUAACGAUAUGUACCGUUAACGAUAUGUACCGUUAACGAUAUGAUCUAUUCCAUUGCAAUUGAUUCUGAAUCACGAAUUUAAUAUACCGGUAGCUAACGCUAGCGGGCUAGCGAGUGUUUGACAGCAAGCUAACGACCAGCUAACCUGACGUUAGCUUCACGAUGAAACCACAUGGCUGCCUACCGGUUCGCUAACUUUAGCUGACGACCGGCUUUUCCCCUUACGUGGCAUGGUGAUCCAUUGGUUCCCUCAAUUCCCUGAUGUGUCAGCCAAAGUCCAUGCCAGGAGGGUGUGAGAUGGCACUUGAUGGCCUCCAAUGGAGCUGAAGACAAGUUGAAUACAAGGGCCUCCUGCUCCCGGUCAUCAACUCUCAUUAUUCGAGCCAAGUCAGCAGUGUUUCAUGCUGCUGACAGUCCCACUAGGCCCUUCAGCUCGCAUGAGAAGAAGUCCCUUAAAUCCUGUGCCAGUGUCCCCCGGGUCACCAGUGACUCUAUAGGUCAGCUGAAUGCGAGGGUGGGUCAGACUCAGAACAACCACCUCCAUACUGCCUCAGGGACCCCUCUACAACGUGCCUACAACCGUUCUGUGCCUGCUGCCACUUACCUAGCUAACAAGCCACAGCGUCCUGGUAGCGCAGCUGCUAAUUUAGCUAAUGGUCAUAGUAAUGGUCACUGUCAACCAACUGUUCUCUCUAAGAGUACACAGAUAUCUAGUGCUGACAUUAUCUCAUACAGACAUAACCCCGGUGUGUUAGAGCCAACCGUAAAUAGCUAUCGGCCCAGCUGCAACUUGGAAUCACUAAAUUUAAGAUCACGGAUCUUGGUCCGAAAAAGAGCCUUGUCGCCCCAGCCUGCUCCCUAUCCAACGUGCCCCUGUCCACCAAAGGCAGAACGUGUCCCAGACUCGCAGAACAACGCUGCUUCACAGCCUGCUGAAAGCACCACCACCACCAGCAUGCCCACCAACCAGUCAGUCCCCUGGACCAGUGGCAAGCUGAGAGACAAUAGCAAAGGGUUUAUGAGGCCCACUAUGGGUAAAGUGCCUUCCUGUCCCAGACAGGAGACUACCCAGACAAGAGACUCAGCAAAACCUUUGUCUCCCCAGACCAAAUCGGCCUCCUAUUGCCGUAGCGGGGACAAUGGGGAUGGCAAAACCCAGACUAAGUUCACACACCACCCCCCCAACACUGUGCCUUUGCAGGAUAGGUCAUCCCACCACCAGGAUUUUUCACUGGAUCAGACAUGGAGGCUCCAGGACCCGCAUCAGUUUGAGAGCCUGAUGGCAGCAGACAUGGAGGGUCACUCCCAGAGGCUGGGCUUUUGUGCUGCUGUCCAUGGGGCUCCUGGGGCUCCUCAUAACACAUCGACAGAGAGGAUCAGGAAGGUCAACUCUGAGGUGGAGUUUACUGAGGCUGUGAGGAAGCUGACCCAGUCACGGAGCGCGCUCACCCCUCAUCCCAGGAACGGGACUGUUAAUAGUUUUACUACUGGAACACCAGGGUCCAACGUGGAUCCAGUCCAGAUUGGCAAAGCAAUGACUAAUAGCCCUGUCAUCUCUGUCAGCCACAGCCCUGCUCCAGCCAAACCCUCUGUACCACUCUGCCUUACUAUGAGAGACCAGCCUGUGUCCAUGGAGACCUCCAGUGCCUCUGGCCUCGACAGUAACACCACAACAAACAGCAGUAGCACAACAGCCUCCAUGGCACCUCUACCCCAUGCAGGGAUAACUCCAACACAGUCCUCUACCCAGGCCAGUGCCACAGCUAUUUCUGCUGCAGGGAUAACUCCAACACAGUCCUCUACCCAGGCCAGUGCCACAGCUAUUUCUACUGCAGGGAUAACUCUGACCCAGUCCUAUACCCAGGACAGUGCCACAGCUAGUUCUGGUGCUAGUUCCAUCCCAGAGAACACUGAGAUGGGUUCUGAGUCCGCCUCAGAUACUUCUCAGAGUCAGAGGCCUUCUGUUACCUCGGUGACCACCCAGAUAUCAGCCAUACACCUGACCAAGGAGAGGAGUGUCCUGUCUCUACAGGGCGGCUACAGCCCCUCCCGGUCCCCUCCUGGCUUGGGGGAGGAACAACAGGCUGAGUCACCUCAGCUCUCCAGUCCACAGAGUGUUGCCAUGCAGGAGGAUGGAGACAGAGGGGAAGAGGACUAUCCUGAUGAUGAGCUGGAGAAUGACUGCAGUGGUGAUGAUGAUGAUGAAGGGUCUGACUGCUCCUCUUUGAAUGAUGCCUCGUCCACAGCCUCCAUACCCGUCCUGCCAAAUAUCACGGAUGAGGAGCUGAUGAGCCCUGAAUUAGAGGAUGAGGGGGAGCUGAAGCCAGCUCUGGUCCCCAGCAUGUUCCCUCUCAUUCCCCCUACACUGUAUUUCAGCACUGCCAACCAGAGAGUGGAGCCCCUGCCACCAGAACAGAGGAAGCUGCUCAAAUGGAAGAUGAGCACUGUGACUCCCAACAUAGUCAAACACACCAUCGCCAGGUCACACUUUAAAGUCACCAAGAGAAGUCAUGAUUGGCUUGGCUGCUGGGGUCACCAUAUGAAGUCUCCUGGGUUCAAGGCCAUCAGGGAAUACCAGAAGUUAAACCACUUCCCCGGCUCGUUCCAGAUCGGUCGUAAGGACCGUCUGUGGAGGAACCUGUCUAAGAUGCAGGCUCAGUUUGGUAAGAGGGAAUUCAGCUUCUUCCCUCGCUCCUUCGUUCUUCCUCAGGACAUCAAGCUACUGAGAAAAGCCUGGGAGGACAGUGGUAGCAGGCAGAAAUGGAUCAUCAAGCCGCCUGCGUCUGCUCGGGGUAUUGGAAUCCAGGUUAUUCACAAGUGGAGUCAGAUGCCAUGCAAGAGACCACUCCUGGUUCAGAAGUACCUGCACAAGCCUUACCUCAUCAGUGGGAAUAAGUUUGACCUGCGUAUCUAUGUGUAUGUGACCUGUUACGACCCGCUCCGCGUUUACAUCUUCCAGGACGGGCUUGUCCGCUUCGCCAGCUGCAAGUACUCGUCGUCUAUGAAAAGCCUUGGCAACAAGUUCAUGCACCUGACCAACUACAGCGUGAACAAGAGGAACUCAGACUAUCAGAACAAUGACAGUGACAAGGCCUGCCAGGGACACAAGUGGGCUCUGAAGGCGCUGUGGCACUACCUGGGUUGUAAGGGAGUCAACACCACGCUGAUCUGGGAGAAGAUCAAGGACAUUGUCAUGAAAACCAUCAUUGCCUCUGACCCGUAUGUCAACACACUGGUCAAGCUUCACCUGCGUUCCCCCUACAGCUGUCACGAGCUGUUUGGCUUUGACAUCAUGCUGGAUGAGAACCUCAAGCCUUGGGUUCUGGAGGUCAACAUCUCACCAAGCCUCCACUCCAGCACGGCUCUGGACGUGGCCAUUAAGGGCCAGAUGAUCAGGGACGUGUUGAACCUGGCGGGGUUCCUUCUGCCUCAGAGAGAAGAGGUGCUUCCCUCCGCCAGCAGCUCUGCCAGCAGUCUGUGUGGAGGGACACGGGAGAGAUCCAGACCUGAGAUUUCAACUGAUGAGAAAGUCAAGCGGGCCUUCUACCUGAGCCAGCGCUUCGCAGAUCAGGUACAGUCAUGCAGCCGUCUGAAGAGCCAAGGAACUACUGGGAAGUUUCCCAGACAGGAAGUCGACUUCUUCUCCUCCAUCCUGGACGUUCUGACUCCAGAGGACGUACGUGUCCUGGCUGAGACGGAGGACGAGCUGAGCAGGAAGGGGGAGUUUGAACGAGUGUUCCCCUCCCACUGCUCAUCACGAUACCUGCGCUUCUUCAAACAACCACGCUACCUCAACAUCCUGCUCAACCAGUGGGAGACUAAGUACGGACAGAACAGGAGAGAAGGAGUCUGUGUGCUGAGGAGUCUGUGUCAGAGAGGAGUCCAUCUAGGAACCACCGACCCUGCACAUCUAUGGUCCAAGUCGACCUACGUUCCCAAGUCUGAUCACCCCAGGCAGGAGCCAAGCAGAUCGAGUGUGGUGGUGAGUCACAGAACCAGGCCCCAGCCAGACCAGGAGGAGUACUGUUUCUCCCAGGAGGUCACCACCUCCCUCCUGGGCUCCUCCAGCCUCAGCCUGACCACCGAGUCUACAGCCAGCGUGCCACCCAGAGAUGAGGAGUUGGAGGGUUAACCGGCUCUCACUGCACCCUAACACUGUUGACUUCAUAAAGAAGGCAGAAACACAUCCCCCGUUUGGGCAGGGGAUGUGAACGCCGUCGGUGUGAUGGGAGGGUCAUCAUCAAGACCUUUCUCUCUCUCUCUCUCUCCAUGCAUAUUCCUCUUUUCACUACCAUAGUCUGAACUGGAGAGGGACAAACAGCUGGGUUUUCUGAUGGGGGGUUUUUCAUAAUGUGGAGUGUUGGUCUUGGAUAAGGGGGAGGGUCUUCUCUGGACCAGGUGGACAGACAGCAGCUUUGGCCAAUCGACCGAGGAGAAAAUCCAAGGCUGCUCUGCCUACUUAGAGCCAGUCCAAUCAGGUUCCACUCCUAGGUGUGUUUACAUCAAAUAUAAAUUAACAUUUAUUGGUACACAAAUUUUGUUAUUGCAGGUGCAGUGAGAUGCUCGUUUCUAGCAUUUCAGGCUUGUUACUAUGGGAUGGGUAACUGCAUUUCAGGCUUUUUACUAUGGGAUGGGUAUAUAUAGAUAUAACUGCAUUUCAGGCUUGUUACUAUGGGAUGGGUAACUGCAUUUCAGGCUUUUUACUAUGGGAUGGGUAUAUAUAGAUAUAACUGCAUUUCAGGCUUGUUACUAUGGGAUGGGUAACUGCAUUUCAGGCUUUUUACUAUGGGAUGGGUAUAUAUAGAUAUAACUGCAUUUCAGGCUUGUUACUAUGGGAUGGGUAUAUAUAGAUAUAACUGCAUUUCAGGCUUGUUACUAUGGGAUGGGUAACUGCAUUUCAGGCUUUCUACUAUGGGAUGGGUAUAUAUAGAUAUAACUGCAUUUCAGGCUUGUUACUAUGGGAUGGGUAACUGCAUUUCAGGCUUGUUACUAUGGGAUGGGUAUAUAUAGAUAUAACUGCAUUUCAGGCUUGUUACUAUGGGAUGGGUAAAUAUAGAUAUAACUGCAUUUCAGGCUUGUUACUAUGGGAUGGGUAACUGCAUUUCAGGCUUUUUACUAUGGGAUGGGUAUAUAUAGAUAUAACUGCAUUUCAGGCUUGUUACUAUGGGAUGGGUAACUGCAUUUCAGGCUUGUUACUAUGGGAUGGGUAUAUAUAGAUAUUACUGCAUUUCAGGCUUGUUACUAUGGGAUGGGUAUAUAUAGAUAUAACUGCAUUUCAGGCGUGUUACUAUGGGAUGGGUAAAUAUAGAUAUAACUGCAUUUCAGGCUUGUUACUAUGGGAUGGGUAUAUAUAGAUAUAACUGCAUUUCAGGCGUGUUACUAUGGGAUGGGUAAAUAUAGAUAUAACUGCAUUUCAGGCUUGUUACUAUGGGAUGGGUAUAUAUAGAUAUAACUGCAUUUCAGGCUUGUUACUAUGGGAUGGGUAAAUAUAGAUAUAACUGCAUUUCAGGCGUGUUACUAUAGGAUGGGUAAAUAUAGAUAUAACUGCAUUUCAGGCUUGUUACUAUGGGAUGGGUAACUGCAUUUCAGGCUUGCUACUAUGGGAUGGGUAUAUAUAGAUAUAACUGCAUUUCAGGCUUGUUACUAUGGGAUGGGUAACUGCAUUUCAGGCUUGUUACUAUGGGAUGGGUAAAUAUAUCUGCAUUUAUUUGGCUGGUCAUUUUACAUAUGCUUCACAAUUUGAAGUUGUAACAAUAACUUAUGAAUAAAUAAUUGAAUUAACAGUCGUUCUAUCAGUCCCAGAUUAGGGAAAUAACUGCUCAGGUUCAUACAUUAAAACUGAUCUUUGAAGAAUUA